AGCAUCUUUCCCUUACAAAGUUUCAACGGGGUCAAUUAUCUAACUAGAGGAAAAAUAAAUAGCCCUCUUCCCCUCUUCUUGCCCUAGGCCCCCGUCGUCAUUGUCAACCUUUGGUACUACCCACUCAGACUGCUGGUUAAAACUACUGCACCACCACUACCGCCACCAGCACUACCACUACCAUCACCCUCGCUAAAUAACAUCCACCGUCAAAGCUUUGCAACUUCAACUUCGCUAACCAUUUGAAAGUGCCAUCUUCCCCCGAAUCGAGGUCACCGAAUAAUGGCGUGGCAACCGGAAGAGGCACCCAUAAGGGAGUUGGCGGGCUAUCUCAAAGAUAGCUUGAACAGAUACAAUCAAGCUGCUCAACGGCAUGCCAGCGAGAUGCUACAACAAGCCAGUCAAUCCCCAGAUAUCAACAACUACUUGUGCUACAUCCUCGUCCACCCUAACCCGCCCCCAGAUAUGGCGGUUGCCGAGUAUCAUGUCGUUCGCUGCUCGGCUGGUGUUCUUCUAAAGAAUAACAUCUUGAGUUCGGGAAGAGCGCUAGCACCGGCAUUCAUUGACUAUAUAAAAUCAGAGCUUCUGCUUGGACUGAGGGACCCUCAUCACCAGAUACGGAAUUACACGGGCAAUGUCAUUACUGAGUUGUUGCGCAUUGGGGGGGUCAUGUCCUGGACAGACAUGUUGGCCCAGUUGAUUUCGCUUGUGGAGAAUACGGAUGGAAAUACCACUCCGGAAACCCAAGAGGGGGCCAUGGGAGCAUUGCUGAAGGUUUGCCAGGAUAGCAAGGACGAACUUGACGAGGAAUACGAUGGCUAUAGGCCCCUCAAUAUACUCAUCCCUAAGUUUCUAUUAUUUACGCAACACCCUGUCCCAAAAGUGCGCAUGCAGGCCUUAGAGAUUGUCAACAUAUAUCUGCCCAUGAAAACUCAGUCGAUCCUUGUCCACAUCGACACACUCAUAGAGAGUUUGUUUCGCCUUGGAAACGACGCUGAUACUGGAGUACGGAGAGAAGUCUGCCGGGCUCUGGUACAUCUGGUUGACAUUCGGGCGGACAAGAUAGCGCCCCAUAUGCAAGGAAUCGUGGACUAUAUGCUUGCUCAACAGAAAAAUACGGAAGAGCAGGACUUGGCCCUAGAUGCUGCUGAAUUCUGGCUGACUGUUGGGGAACACGAGCAUUUGAGGAUCGGACUAGGGCCGUAUCUGUCCGAAAUUGUCCCUGUCUUGCUGGCAUCUAUGGUUUAUUCUGAGGAGGAUAGAGCUAGAUUAGGGGGUGGAGGGGAUGAUGCAGAUGUUGAGGAUCGAGCAGAAGAUAUAAGGCCAAACUUUGCCAAGAGUAAGCAAAGGUUACCGAAUGGUGAGAAAAUCGACGAAGAGUACGAUUCUGAAGAUGAUGCUUACGCCGGGAUGGAUGACCCUGAAGAUCGUUGGAAUUUAAGGAAGUGCUCGGCGGCAGCCCUGGAUGUCUUGGCAACUGUGUUCCAUCAGUCAGUCUUCCAGACCAUCCUGCCCUAUCUGAAGGAGAAUAUUCGACAUCCGGAAUGGCCAUACCGGGAGGCGGCCGUCCUAGCACUCGGCGCAGUAGCUGAUGGUUGUCUCGAAGGCGUCGUCCCGCAUCUCCCCGAUCUUAUCCCCUAUCUCAUCUCUUUACUCGAUGACCCUGAGCCGCUCGUGCGCCAAAUCACGUGCUGGACCCUCGGUCGCUAUUCCCGCUGGGCCUCUCACCUUGAAAACCCGGCUGAUAAACAAAAAUAUUUUGAGCCCAUGAUGGGGGGAAUAUUGAAUAAAAUGUUGGAUGGCAACAAGAGAGUGCAGGAGGCGGGCGCAAGUGCCUUUGCCAACCUAGAAGAGCAAAGCAAAGAUCUGUUGAAGCCCUACAUUGAACCGAUUGUUCGGCAAUUUGUGGUAGCAAUGGGAAGAUAUAAGGAUCGGAACAUGUUCAUUCUCUACGACUGUAUCCAGACCCUUGCAGAGCACGUCGGAAGUAUCUUAGCGGAGAAACCAUUGGUAGAUAUCCUAAUGCCCGCUCUUAUUAACAGAUGGAAGUUGGUCAAGGACGACUCAAGAGAGUUGUUUCCUCUCCUUGAGUGCUUAUCUUAUGUUGCUACAGCCCUUGGAAGGGAAUUCGCACCAUUCGCCGGCCCUAUAUUCCUCAGAUGCAUCAAUAUAAUCCAUCAAAACCUAGAGCUGCAGAUGGCCUACAAUAACGAUCGUGCGCUGGAUCAGCCUGACAAGGAUUUCUUGGUCACAAGCUUGGAUCUUCUUAGCGCAGUAAUCCAAGCUUUGGAUUCAACAAGUGCAGAGCUAGUCUCUGGGACAACACCUCCAUUCUUUCAACUCCUUACUGUUUGCAUGGCGGAUCCGAGCAACGAUGUGAAGCAAUCAUCCUAUGCCUUACUUGGAGAUUGUGCCAUCUAUGUCUUCGAACAAUUGCACCCAUUCUUGCCCAACAUCAUGGAUCUUCUGAUUCAACAACUGGGAAUUCAGUCCCUAUCCGACGCUGAAAGCGAUACAGGGUAUAGCGUGGUUAAUAAUGCUUGUUGGAGUUGCGGCGAAAUUGCUUUGAAACAAGGAUCCGGAAUGGCACCUUACGUCGAAAAACUAUAUAAUAGGCUGGUAAAAAUUAUACAAAGACCUGAAAUCCCCUCAUCUGUAACCGAGAACGCCGCUGUGGCACUUGGCCGCAUCGGAAUAGGCUCUUGUGAUGAGCUUGCCCCCCACCUUGAGUCGUUUGCAUAUCCAUUCCUAGAUGCUCUCCAGAAGGUGGCGGAAACGGACGAGAAAGACACCGCCUUGAAGGGGUUCUGUAUGGUUGUUGGUCGAAACCCCGAGGCUAUGGAAAGCUGCCUGGUGCCCUUCUUCCGAGCCAUCGCUCGUUAUAAGCAUGCCAGCCCUGAAUUGUCUGCAUUGUUCCGACAGACACUUAUUGGAUACAAAUCGUUCAUUACAGAUUUUGACUUGUUUAUGAGUGCUAUCCCGGCACCGGAUCGCGAAGCUCUAAAGUCUAGAUACGCCAUCUGAAAAGCAUAUUGGCACAGUUUGAAACUAUAGAGUUUCAUUGCUUGAAGCUCUCGUCUCAUUGUGUUUCAUCGCUUUUAUCUUGUUGAAAACGAAUGGGAAGGUGAAAGAUAAUAGUUGCAAUUAUUUUCUGAUCUUACGACUAUUAGUUGCUCUUCUUGUCAUGUUCCUCUCUUGAUCAUUCGCUUAGCUAGUUUUUCUUGUUAUACAAUAGAACGGCCGUGACAAGAGGUGGAAUAGUUUUCAAAUCAAAGAAAAAAAGCUAUUUUUUUCGUUUUUUUCGGGUGUUUCUCAUGGUUUCGAAAUGGACGGCGCGUUUUACAGAUUUUCAUUUAUUCUUUCAAAAGAAACUUCUGGGGUAUUUCUCUUUCCUGCAUGAAGCAAAAAAAGGAUUAAGCAUCUGAUGGCAAAUAUGGUACAGUACGGAGUACGUUGUUUCGAUGAUUUUUUUCCCAUUUCUCCGCGUUUAUCUCUCUUUUUUUUUUACCCCUUCCUUUCCGCAAAGUAUUUCUUUAUUGCAUCUGCUCUGACACCUUGUUAUGAAAUCGUUGGGUGUGCAGAAGGAUAAGUUAAGUGUAGGAUGCCAUAUCUCUGGAUUGAAAGCUUUACAAGGAUUUAGAAGCAUUUACCCUACCAUAGUAGGACUGACGGAUAUUAUACAGUACCUAUUCCCUACA